UCCAGUCUAACACGAAAGAAGUGAUGAAUCGUGUAUCAAAAUUACCUGGCUAUGCAGUUCUCAAACCAAAGGUGAUGAUAUCAGCUACUAAAGAAACUGAGUUCAUGAAUCCUGACAAAUUCGAUGCUCGGAGGUUGUUCUUGAAACAAAGGCUAGCAGAAAAAAUCGGCACAUGUCAUGAACAAACCGGUCAUGAAGUUCCAUCAAGCAACCAAGUAAACAUGGAUCAAGAGAAUCAAAAACGAUUUGAUGUGUUUACUUUGCCUUCUGACCAAGAAUCCGAGGUAGAAGCAAGAGAGAAAAGCCAUAAAAAAAGCCGAGUACACAAGUUUUCCAAGCUGAAAGUCAUCACUAAAAUUCGUGAUCAAAGAGUACAAUUGUCAAAAGCAACUGAAAUUAAUAUUGUUCAACUUAUAGAUAAAUUGAGAGAAAUUGCGCCAACAUUACCAGCAUCUGAACAUGGUACAAUUUUCAUGAAGUCAUUGUUCCAAUUAAUUAUUGAAAUUAAUACAAAGUUGAAUUGCUUCAAGGAAACUCGGUCACAUGAAACGAGUAUACCUCUGGAUCGCGAGAUAAAGAUUUCCAAGGCUCAUGGCAAGGAGGAAAUCAAGUUAAAUGACAGAAUGAAUCUCCCUCUACUUGCAUAUGCAAAAGCUAUUGAUGCAGAUAAACCACAUCUCGUGGUUUCAAGAAUCAUAAGAUUUUGUUUUGAUACUGAUUUCAAGCUCAAUUGUGAGUUGAAUGAAGAGCCAAAUGAAAGCAACUUUCUAUAUCGACUUGGUAACAGUAAUCUUGAAGGCAUGGAACGCGUAGAAGAUGGGCGAGAUAUUUUGGACAUGAUAAUUGAACAUGCCCAUAUGGUCAAAGAAUAUUCAAGCAUGUCAUCACAAAGUUAUCGAGAGUCAAUGCAACAAGUUACUAAAGCACUAUAUGAUUGCAAGCGUCGUGAGAUUGACCGGUUGGAAAAGGUUUUGGAGCAAGAGAGACAUGGUAAACAAGAUUUCAAUCAGGAAGAUGAUACUGUUGAAAUCCAAUAUGAAGAUCUUGAAGCGAUUCACGAUAAACAUGACAAUCUUGCCACUAAUCUACUGACUCCAUCCUUUUCCUUCCAUUCAAUUUGACCAUAUUGACUCGUUUUUUUA